CACAUACGCCCACCCUUGUUACGUGACGCAACCACGCCUCGGGUCUUACAUUCAGCCCUCUCCUAAACGUUUCGCAGUUAAUCUACAUCGGUCCCACCGUCAUGUCCAUCGGAAAAGUUGCCCGGGGUUUGGUGAAACCAGUCCGUGGGGUCCUGUGGCCCUCGGCCUCGGCCUCGAAGCGUACAUACGCCGCUGUGGCUGAAGCCAGAGCGGUGCUGGAGAACGAGCUCGAUACUAUCCGAGCCGCAGGGACGUGGAAGGCGGAGAGGAUCAUCACGUCCAAGCAGGGUCCUCAAAUUAACGUGGACGGCAGUCGAGGCAGCAUAUUGAAUUUCUGUGCCAACAACUACCUUGGACUUUCCAGUCAUCCAGAGGUGGUGCAGGCAGGGAUUGAUGCUCUCAGGUUGUAUGGUGCUGGAUUGAGCUCUGUCAGAUUCAUCUGUGGGACACAGGACCUACACAAAAAUCUGGAGCAGAGGCUUGCAGAGUUUCAUGAGAGGGAAGACUGCAUCCUCUAUGCUAGCUGUUUUGAUGCUAACGCUGGGCUGUUCGAGGUUCUGUUGGGCCCAGAUGACGCAGUGCUCUCUGAUGAGUUAAACCAUGCUUCCAUCAUCGAUGGGAUCCGUCUAUGUCGAGCAAAGAGGCUGCGCUACAAACACAUGGACCUCAGUGAUCUGGAGAACAAGCUCAAAGAGUCACAGUCGUCUCGGAUGCGCCUGGUAGUGACAGACGGAGUGUUCUCCAUGGAUGGAGAUGUGGCUCCCUUACAAGGAAUCUGUGACCUGGCUGAACAGUAUGGAGCCAUGGUGUUUAUAGAUGAAUGCCACGCCACCGGCUUUCUUGGGCGCCGCGGCAGAGGAACAGACGAGCUCCUGGGAGUGAUGGACAAAGUUCACAUUGUAAACUCCACCCUGGGAAAAGCACUGGGAGGAGCAGCUGGUGGCUACACAGUUGGCCCUAAGCCUCUCAUUGACCUGCUGAGGCAGCGUUCACGGCCAUACCUGUUCUCCAACUCCCUCCCCCCUCCUGUAGUGGGCUGCGCCAGCCGUGCUGUGGAGCUGCUGCUCGCCUCCAAUGAAAUUGCACAGAGCAUGACAGCCAAAACCAUGAGGUUCAGGAACAAGAUGACACAGGCUGGUUUCACCAUUGCAGGCUCAGCUCACCCUAUCUGUCCUGUGAUGCUCGGCGAUGCACGGCUGGCUUCUCUGAUGGCCGAUGAUAUGCUGAAGCUAGGAGUGUAUGUGAUUGGAUUCUCUUACCCAGUCGUACCAAAGGGCAAAGCCAGAAUCCGCGUUCAGAUUUCAGCAGCGCACACAGAUGAAGACAUCGACCGCUGUGUUGACGCUUUCAUCCAGACAGGCAGAAAGCAUGGAGUCGUCUCCUGAGUAGGACAAAUGAACAAGAAUCAGCAGAAUUACUGAAGAACUUUGAUCCACUUGCUCUUGCAUAUCGUGGUGCCCAUUACCCCAGACCUAUGAAUGAUUUUGAUGGAUAUAUUAGUUACAUUUGUAGGUCAAUGGAGGUUAAUGUUAUUUUUGACAUUAAACUCAUCCUUCAAAACA